GCCAAGCCCCAAAUAUCCCGAGCUACAGGCAGUAGUUUGUUAUUACUGAACUGCCUCUAGGCUUGUUGAGGCCCAAAAUAGUCUCUUUACUACCCAAGUGCAACGUGGAUUCGUUUCCAAAGUGUCGUCUGCUAGUGUCAAGACUGCCUACCCGGAGUGAUAACUGAAAGCCAUUUUGUCGUUGUGUGGAUUUACCCUUUAUUCUACCAACUAGGAAACGGGACAAAUGAGCUCGACUUGGGACUCUAAGUGAUGUCCCAUCUUAGUACUCUAGGAAACGAUACCAGUAUAUCCCUGUCGGAUUCGAAACACAGCGCUUUUGAACGUCUAUCACCAACUUACGUUGACAAACGAAGCGAGAUGCCUUCAGCUUUCGGUCUUUUGGAGCAUGAGGAUCGCCGCCCCGACUUAUCGGGUCAAGGGGGUCUUGGACAGUUGGUCAGUUCGAUCGGAGGAUCGGGUUCGUUUUCAUCAACGGCACCCCGUCUCUCUCAUACCCCCACGACAGAUUUCCAGCCCCCCUAUUUUCCCCCACCCUACAACCUCCCUCCCCAGCAGCCUGUGGACUUUCACCAUCAUGCCAAUGUUGACCCUUAUGCCCAUGCUCAUCUCAACUCCUUCCACCAAACCCCACAGCACCCCUACAACCAAAUUCACAGUGAGCGCAAUGUGUUACGACAUCGCGACGACAGUCUCCAUACCAUGCAUCCAGGACUUCCAACAUACGACACAAGACGGGCCGACUACGGCACUGUCCGAAGACCCGAUGUCCUUAUGCAUGGUCACCACGGGCUAACGUUAGACCAGGACCCUGGCAUGUUAAAUAUACACACAGGAUUGCCAGCUCUCGAAGACAGCACUCCGCACGUGGAUGAUAACACAAACUAUAUACAUGGAGACCAAAAUACUGUUAUACGAAAAGCCGGAAUCCGACCCAAGAACGAAAACAAUAAAGAUCUGGUCAUUUCAGGCGUGGUUUCCCCUACCGACGUCUUCUGUUCUGUCCCUGGUCGCCUGUCCCUGCUUAGCUCAACGUCAAAAUACAAGGUCACGGUCGCAGAAGUGCAGAGGAGAUUGUCUCCCCCUGAGUGUCUAAAUGCUUCCCUCCUCGGUGGCGUCCUUAGAAGAGCUAAGUCCAAGAAUGGUGGUAGAUCUCUCCGAGACAAAUUAGAAAAGAUUGGUCUCAGCCUACCAGCUGGCAGAAGAAAGGCAGCGAACGUUACGCUGCUCACGUCACUAGUCGAAGGCGAGACAAUACGGCUUGCACGAGACUAUGGAUAUAUAUGCGAGACAGAAUUCCCUUCACGACAAUGUGCUGAAUACAACCUCCGACAAUAUUCGGAUCCAAGCGAUACCCACAAUAGAAAAAAUAUGGUCCUAGCAGCGAAGCAGAUCGUGAAAGAACUGACGGAUCUCCUCAACCAAGAUCGGUCGCCCCUGGGUAAUACCCGGCCACAGCCAAUUCUGGAACCGAAUAUUCAGCGUCACCUCACGCACUUCAGCCUGAUCACCCACGGGUUCGGAUCCCCAGCCGUUAUCGCCUCAUUGACUGCUGUGCAGAGUUACCUAAAUGAAAUGUUGAAGCUCCUUGAUAAGAACUACCCUGCCUCUCAAACGGCGCAGGUGAACCCGACAGUACCUUCAAUGGACGGUAAUGGUAAAUCUAAGAGCGAUAAAGAUGAAAAUCGACGCGAAUAGCAGGAUGGCUGACUCCUGGUGAGAGUUCCUGAUGCUGCUAACACCUCGUAUGUCUGUGUCAAAAACGUGUGGACAGCUCCCGCAAGAAAUCUUUACGUCACAAGUUUGUGUGCUGACGUCACGGGUCAUGUGCUUGCAGGGAAUGCCGGGACAUUCCAUAAACUGCGGAUGUGUGUUUAAAGCGGGGCUAUUUAGUCAUUCCGUCUGUGAAGUGAUGUCAUAUCGGAACAUUGGUGCAAAAAAAAUACGUCUCUGAUGUGGCCAUUACGUCAUCAGUCUGCAGGGUAUAUUGUGACGUCAUGAAUGACGUCAUGUGUGCGUGCAUGUGGUGCAUGAGUCCAGAAGUGUCAACUACAGACAAUAUAUUUGAUCCUCUGGUUCUCGGUUUUGCUUGGGCAGUGCUCAAGAUGACAUUUUCCCCACAUUUAACUCAAAAAGGAAAGCACGGUUUUCCUUCAUAAUCUGUCUCAAAGGACGUUACCAUGACAACGGAGGUAAACACAUCUCCGACACGUGAAUAAAGUCACGUGACAUACGUAAUUCACCAAAUCUAUCCCCCCUUGCCUUUGUGAAUGUUAACUAUCAGAACUCUGUGGACUGGUUUCAGUUUACAGGAUAUGUAAAAUAGACGGGUAGAUAUACUUUUCUUAGUUUUCUAUGAAAUGAACGAAGUUGCAUUCCUCCGUUAUUUGACGUAGCGCCUAAUAAUUGUUGUACUACGUUCUCCCUGUGUCCUUUGUAUAUUUGAGAGACCACUGUGUAUGAUAUUACCAUAAGCGUCCGUACAGAGACGUGUGAUGUUAUUUAUUCUAGUCCAAAAAAUGCUAUUUGCCUGAAUACAUACUUCAUAAGAGAAACAGUGUUACCGCCUUUUGGAGAAAAUAGUAUUACUCAUCCCCAAAUUAAUUGUUAUUUAUUUUCUUUGGCAUACUUAGUGCACGAUCACCUUGAUUAAUUUAUGAACAUACUGUUUUCUGCAAAGACCGGUAGCAUUGUUCAAACCUCGAGCCUCAUAAUCUGUUGACAGCAGUUUUAUGCUUUUCCUUUUCUACUUAUCUCCCCAAAUUUAAGAAAACACUUGAACUAUUGUUCCUUUCAGAACGAGACUAACUUAAAGUGAAUUGUAAAAAAUGUCAUUUUAUUAUUUCUUACCGUGAAAACGGGUCUAUUUACAUAUCAUGUGUACGGUUAUGACCAAAAUUUGUAGGUACCAGUCCCAUAAUGGAAUAAAGUGGGUCAAAAUA